CUCGACCCAGUAAAAAUCGUUAUCAAGUCUCUUUUUCGGACCAUCGACCGCUUCUCUAGUGUCUCUAGGGAGGGAUAUGCUAUGAUAAAGAAUCUUCCGCCCAGGUUCAAUCUUCACUUUGCCCAGGGAAGCCCCAUCAGCUUGGCUCAAUUCACCGACCGUAGGCCGUGUUGAAGCUGUCUUGUCAUCGUGCAACGGAACCAGAGUCAGUAACAGCUGCAUGUCGAACCAGGAUGGCACUGCACCUCGAUACCAACGCGGCCAAUGCCAUCAAGACCGUCAACCCAACCAGCCGGAGCCAAGACAAGGACGGCAUUACCGCGACCUCCGCCGUUGCCGAGGCCGAUACCAAGCCGGAACCCCCACAGCAACCUGAAGCUGCCGGAUGGUUCCACUGGCACGAACCCGGCACGUCGCCGGAAGAGAAGAAGUUGAUCUUCAAACUGGAUUGGUUUCUACUCUCAUUCUCUUGUCUCAUGUUCUUCAUUAAACAGCUUGACCAGAACAACAUUUCUAAUGCCUACGUAUCCGGCAUGUCGGAAGAGCUCGGCUUCGGUCCUGGCAACGAACUCUCCUGGAUGAAUACCUACUUCAACAUUGGAACAAUCAUUGGCGGUUCUUUUGCCAAUCUAAUCAUCACUGUCGUCCGCCCGCGCUUCUGGCUGACCGGGUGCCUCUGCACUUGGUCUCUCUUCGUGCUCUUCCUGUUCAAGUGCCAGAACGCUACUCAAUUCUACGUCCUGCGUUUCUUCAUCGGCUUGUUCGAGUCUGCAGCCUGGCCCGGCGUUAUGUACGUCCUUGGAUCGUGGUACCGCAAAAGCGAGCUGUCUCGCCGUUCCGGCCUCUUUGUCAUGAGCGGUGUCUUGGGGCAGAUGUUCUCUGGCUAUCUUCAAUCUGCCUUGUAUUCGGGCAUGGGCGGGAAGGGUGGCUUGUCGGCGUGGCGAUGGCUUUUUGUCUUUGACUUCAUUCUUGCCAUCCCCGUAGUGAUCUAUGGUGUUAUUUGCUUCCCCGACACCCCUCAUACUACAAAGGCUUUCUACCUAAGCGACUGGGAAAAGCAGCGCGCCCGCGAGCGCAUUGAAGAAGAGGGUCGCAAGCCCGUCGGCAAGAUGAAUUGGUCCGUCAUCAGCCGCGUCUUCGGCUCGUGGCAGGUCUACGCCUUCACUGCAGCCUACUCUUUCUGGACUUUGACCUGCGGCUCCUACAUCAUUCAAUACUUCACUCUGUACCUUAAGUCUACAAAGAUGUACACUGUGCCGGAGAUCAACAACAUUCCCACCUGCGUCGGCGCCAUCAACUUCGUCUUCAUGGUGUCCACAGGAUACGUCUCCGACAAAAUUGGCCGGCGUGGGCCUGUCUGCUUCGCCGUCGGGUGUCUCCUCACGUUCGUGUAUGCCGUCCUCGCAGCGUGGAGCGUGCCGCCAAUGCUGCGCAUGGCCGUGUUCAUCCUUGCAGGAUGCUAUGGUUGUUACACGCCUUUACUGGCUGGGUGGGCGAACGAGGCCUGCGGCGGCGAUCAGCAGAAGCGUGCCUUUGUGCUUGGCUUCAUGGUUUCGGUCGGCCAGGCCGUUGUGAUUCCCUUCCAACAGCUGCAGAUGCCGAGCGGACAAGCCCCUGCAUUUGCCAAGACCCAUGGGUGGGAGAGCGCGCUUGCGUUUGUGGUGGCAUUGACUGUCUGGACUGGCGUUGGUCUGCCGUUGCUUCAGAAAUGGAGGGAAUCUCGGGUGAAGUUCAGCACUCACGAGAGUGAUAGCGAUGAGGCUUGAUUGGUUUUCAAAGUGAGGGACCAAGAACGGGAGAAUGUAUGAUCGAGAACAGUUUCUGAGAGCGCUUAUGUCAGUUUGUUUCAGGGUAAUGGGGUACUAGUGAAGUGUCCAAACGUAGGGGAGAUGAGACACAAUUAUGCUAUGAUAGACAUCAUGUGAGUAAUCAGUUUCGAAGUUUGAAGU